AUGCAACAACAACAAUACUUACAUCGUACUGAUAUCGAUAUUCCUGUAGUAAAUUAUCGAGAUAAAGUAUCAUCUUCAGUAAAGGACGACGACGUUCGAAUAGUCAAAGUACAUGAAUUGAAACAAGCAUUUGAUGAUUUUAUUCAAGUAUCAAAAUUUUCACCGAGAGAUCUAAAAGAAAUACUUGAUCUUUUGAGUCAAAUUGACGAUAAACAACUUCUUAUCGAUGCUCAAUUGAUUGACCAUAAAGUUUAUUCGAUAUUCAUCUUCAUAUUAAAAGACUUAUUAAACAAAUGGCACGUGGCGAACUCGUUCACACAGUUUGAAUCGUCUUACUUAUUUCCUUCUCUUAUCAAACUUAUCUGUAAAAUGAAUUACUACUCAAUAGAUUUAGUAGAAUCAUUGAGACAAUGUUUAAAUGAUAUUGCAAAACAUGAACGAUAUUUAGAGAAUAUAAAUGGUAUCGAAUAUUUCUCCAGCAUAGUAAAACUUUACGUACAAGAUGAGCAGAUUAUGAAUGUGAUUGUAAAUUGUCUUUGUUCGGAUCAUUAUUUGAAUAUGUUUCAGCGAACUGGAAAAUUGGAAAAAUGUUUAUUAUUAACAUAUCCAAGAUAUUUUCUAGAUUAUCAAGAUCCACAGAAAAAAGACAUGGCAGAAAAGUUAUUGAAUACACUUGGAAAAUCUGCAGCUCAAUUAUUGGCGCGUUACUCAAAAAUAAUUGAUGAACCUGUUAUUGACUUACUUCAUAUAUUAAAUCACAGUUUUCAAUUGUGUACAACAGCUAAAGUACUCGAUACUCAUCGACUAUUACCACUCAUUGAUGAACUUUUAGUAAUACUAGAUGAAAAAGCACCGUCUUGGAAAGAAAAUUCAUCGAUUAGUAAAUCUUCUCUUGAUCUUCUACAAACUUUAACAGAUAAGAACGAAGCAAUUCGGAAAUAUGUUCAACAACGAGAAGAUGUUUUCCAGAAAUUGAAAGAAUUAAAUCGUUCUAGUAGUGCAAAUGUAUUGUCGGAUACAGAAACAUCAUUUUGCUAUCGUAGAGAUGAAGAAAAUGAUGUACACGAACUUUUCACGUCAAAUAAAAAUCAAAAUAAAGAAGAAAUAACGCUGAUCUGGUGUGAUCAAAAUAUUGAUGUUCAUGACGAUACGAAUGGAACAGCUGAACUACUUCAGCAAGUAAAUGGUUGUGUUUACACCUAUUCGGAUCCGGACACUUGUUUAGACAAUAUUAAUCAAAUUCAAACAGAAAAAAUAUUUCUGAUUUUAUCGGGUAAAACCGCAGAUGACAUGAUAGACAAAGUUUAUCAUUUAAAACAAGUGGAUUCGAUUUAUAUAUUUUGUAUGAACAGUGUUAAAUAUGAACAUUAUCUAAAUGAACCAGAUAAUAAAUAUUAUAAGAUUGUUGGAAUAUAUACCGAACAUGAACCACUAUUGCGAGCUGUACAAAAGAAUAUUUGUGAUGUGAUCAAACAAUCGGAAGUGGCAAGUUUAUUGAAGCAAUAUGAACGAUCGACAAGAGGUUUAAGUAGUGAAUCACAUGGUUUUGAUGUCUUUCGUGCGUUCAAGUAUGUAUUAUUCAGAACAGACUAUGAUAGAGAAUGUGCAAAAAGGGAAAUGAUAGAAUUUUGCCGAAACUAUUAUCGAGGAAAUAGCUCAUCAUUAAAAGAUAUCAAUAAAUUUGAGCAAACAUAUGAUUCAAGUGAUGCUAUUUAUUGGUACACACGAUCAAUAUUUCCUUUUAAACUAAUUAACAAAGCUCUAAAAACGGAAGAUUAUGAACUCUUAUUAUCUCUUCGAUUCUAUAUUAUCGAUCUAUGUAACAAUCUUCAAUUGAAGUAUGAUGAAUUAAAGCAAAGUUUGUCAACAAUUGUAACAUAUCGUGGUGUGAGAUUGGCUCCACCUGAUAUUUAUAAUCUGAAACACAAUGUUGGUAAAACUAUAGCAACAAAUGGUUUUCUUUCAACUAGUCGUUCACAACAUGUGGCUGAAGUAUUUGUUGGACUAGGGCAACCAAUAGAGCAAGGUCUCGAGCGUGUUAUACUAGAAAUUCAUGUCGACACAACAAAGUCAACCACAGCACUAGCUGAUAUUGCUCGUUACAGUGAAUUUCCUGAAGAAGAAGAAGUUCUCUUUGAUUUAGGAGCAGCAUUCGUUAUUGACAGUGUCACUUAUAAGAAAUCCACUCAUGCUAACUCGAAUGAUGAUAUAUGGUAUGUUAAAUUAUCCGCUGAAUCAGAGGAACUUUUGAUGAACAACAUACAAACAUUGCUCAAGAAGUGUGGAGAAACGGAAAUGAACUUAUUAGUGAGUGAAUUAUUAUUGAAAAUGGAAUUUUAUGAUACAUGUCGAAACUAUUUGACAAGUCUUUUUGAUUUCUAUGGAAACGGACAUGAAAAAGUUGCUAAAAUCGAAGAAUUUAUUGCUUGGACAUUUGAAGACGAGAAAAUAUGGGAUCAAGCAAUUCAACAUUAUACGAAAGCAUUUGAUCUUUAUGCAUCUUCUAAUCGAUGGGAAAACGCUUCGAGAGUGAUCAUUUGGGCUGCUAAUUGUUAUUAUCAGAAACAAGAUAAAAUUAUUAUGCGACAAUAUGCUGAAAAGGCGAAUGACAUCUUGAAGAAUAAAACCAAUCUAUCAGAUCAUCAUUGCCAAUUUGGUGAUGUAAUAAGUCUUUACGGUAUAUUAGAAGACAUUGAUGAAGCUGCUCGGAAUCAUUUUGUGAAAGCGUUAGAUAUUUAUCAAAAUGCUCUCACGGUAUGUAAAUGUAAUGAUCAUGAUGAGAAAAUCGCUCAAACCUUUGAAAAUAUAGGUAUUCGUUAUAAAGAUGAAGGAGAUUACGUAAAGGCAAGAGAAUAUUUUCAAAAAAGUGAAAAGAUAAGAUGUAGAAAUAUUACAUUUUCGAAAGAACGUAGAGCAUAUGUAACCUGUUUACAAUCGAUAGGUGGCUUUUACAAUUUGGUACAAGAUAGAACGAAUGGAAUAACGUAUAUGACAAAAGCAUUCGAAUUUAUAGACGUUGAUCUAAUCAAAUCAGUAUAUAAAGAGAAUUCGGAGGUACAGGAAAGUGUCAUACAGAUAAAACUUUUUAAGAACAUCUACGAUACUACAUUGCUACAUGAACUAAAACGAUUAGAAUUGUUGAAGAAACUUCAACCGCCGAAUUAUGAGAAGAUUAUUGAGCGACAUUUUAGUAUUGGUGAGAUUUACUGUAAAACCAAAGAUUACACAUGGGCUCGUGAACAUUAUAACGAGGCUUAUAAUCUAUGUGACACCAAGAUAUCUUCUAAAGACCAACAAGCACAGUGUCUGUUUGAUAUGGGUCAUCGAUUAAUACUUGCCGAUAUUGAUUCCGCACUGGAAUUUGUGAGUAAAGCAUUAGAAAUUCGAUUAUUAGUUCUGAAAAGUGAUGAUGUUAACAUUGCUUUUUCUCAUUAUGAUAUGUAUGUUCUCUAUGAACAUGUGGAAAAGUUUGAUACGGCUAUUGAACAUUUACAAAAAGCAAUGGAUAUAUUUGAAAAACAUAUCAACAAUGAGCAAAAUUAUCAAUUUAAUGUAAAAGAACAAUAUAUAAUGUGUUAUUACUUCAGUGCUUCCAUGUAUAAAGAAAAACAAGAGUUCAACAAAUCAACAGAGUAUUUACUCACAGCAGUAACUAUUAUCGAACGUGUGUUUUCUGAUAUACCAGAUAAUUACUGUACACUAGCCAAGUGCUACUUAAUGAUAGCUCAGAAUUACUCUGAAUUACGUGAUUAUAACGCAAGUAUUACAUUUUAUGAGAAAUAUCUCGAAACCAUAGAAAAACAUCCUGAAAUAGAUACAUUAUUACAACAUGCUCACGAUCACGCUAGUGAAAUAUCCAAUGUAUUUCGCUUACUUGGUUCCAUAUACUAUGUGAAAAUGGAUUAUGAUCAGUCUAUUUUUUACUAUGAAAAAUUUAUCAAAUCUGUAUCAGUAGAUCAGAAACUACUCGAGUCAUCUUUUAUGAUAUUAGGAGAGUGUUACAGUAAUAAGAAAUGUUAUGAAAAAGCUAUUGAAAAUUACGACAAAGCAGCAGUUCAUUAUGAAUCUCAACUACCCAGUGAAGUCGACUAUUAUGCAGCAUGUAUGAUGUACAUGACUGGAUGCUAUUUGCAAUUGGGUAAAAGCCAACAAGCUCCGGCAGGUUCCUCGCCGCCGGAUUCCGGCCGGAAUUGUACAGGAAAUAUCCGAUCAGUUUCUGACCGUUUUCAGCUCGAAGUUUGCAGGAAACGGUCGGGAAAUGACUGGAACCUACGUUUGAACUUCCGGCGGCAAGGAAAUGUUCUUAACUAUGUCACGAUAGUUUCAAAUUACAUCCAGUCAAUCCCAGCCGGUUCCAACCAAUUCCAAUUCCAAACAAUCCCAUUCGAUUCCGAUUCUAGAAUCGGAAUCGGGAUUGGUGCAUGCCCAAUGGUACAAGAGCUAAAACGGUUGACAUUAAACUUAGAAUUACAGCGAUAUGAAGAGGACAUCCAUCGUUAUGAGCAGCUAUACCAAGAAGAAUUCAAUAAGCUUCAACAACAAACUCACAAUCCAACAUCAACUGACUACAAACAUCAAAUAGAUAUCUUAGUGUACUCUGUCGGAUCCUAUCUAAAUAAUUAUAAGCAUAGACUUUUACGUCAAAUAAGACACAGAGAAGCAUGUUUUCAUACAAAUUUGAUCCGACAACGUCGUCGUCGACAAUCGCUCAUGACAGACAACAAUAUUCAGGUGCACCCACAAAUUAUUGUCGAUGCUCCAAAAGUAGCGUUAAACGAUGCCCAACUACAAUUUCCCUCA